AUGGAAACAAGUGUAAGAAUUGAGCUAAAUAAGGAACUUUAUGUAUGUGGAGAUGAGGUUAGAGGAGCAAUAGAGAUAAAGACUAGGAAUCCACUCUGCAUCAGUAAAAUUAACCUGAAGCUACUGAGAAAGAUGGAAAUGAAUAUACAACGAACAGAGGAAGGAAAGCAUGAAGAAGAUACAUUUGAAGCAAUUAAUAGGAGCAUAAACAAGUACUGUUAUCAGUUCCAAGUUUAUGCGAAUGACGAUCCCCUAGAAGAGAUUUCAAGCGGGCAUCACAGAUUUCCAUUCAAGUUUGGGCUUAGAAGAGAUGAUGGAGGAUCAUCUGAGGUGAAAGGAGUGUAUUUUGAUCUUUUAUGCAGCAUAAAAGGAUCUUAUGAAUUGCAUGCGGAUAUACACAUGCUUGGGAUCCAUAAUCCGGUCUAUUCUGCACAUAAAGAGAUGCAGGUGAUAGAAAACUGCACAGAACCCAAGGCUUUCCACGCUACUGUUGAAAUACAGUCUCCGAUUUGUCUUUUCACAAGGAAAUACGACGUAAGCUUUGAAUUGAACAAGCAGUUUUACUUUUCUGGUGAUGCACUGGCAAUCAGAGCAUGUAUACCGUCAAAAACACCAAAAAUAAAAUGCAUGGAAUGCUUUCUAUAUGAGAUCCUCAGUAUAUCAGCAAAUGGACAAGAAGAAAUACGAACGAAAUACAUUGCUGGCGGAGAAGGAGUGAACGAAGAAGAAGGACGAGCUUCCACUCUAUGUCUAAGGAUUCCAUCCACAACUUCGUCUACAUUCACUGACAACGAUGCGGGAAUGCGGAUUGUAUUGUUUAUCAGCCUUGGACUCAGCAAAGGAGCACCAAUUAAGAUCAAGAAGUACCUGCAAAUAGUUAAGAAGCGGAUUGCUUAUCCAGAGAUCGAUAGCAUCAAUGUGCUAGAGGGAGAGAUAUAUCCAGAAAAGGUAUUUGUGCUCUCUUGA